AUGCAUCUCGCGUCCGGCGGAGAACAGCAGCAGCAGCACCACCACCACCACCACCAGGAGAUCCGAGUCGCCUCGACAGCUGCAGGAGGCCAGAAGGAGGCGAUCGAGGUUGAAACAUGGGACCGGGCUCGCUUUUUCACGGCCCAUGCUGCGGCGGAGGACUGA